AUUGCUGCUUUGAUAGUGUGAGGGACCCACGUUCAGUUCUCAGCGUGGAGUCUGCACGUUCUCUCCGCGUCUGGACGGAUUUUCUUCCCUCACUCUCAAGAUGCAUAGGUUAGGGGGAUUGGUUUUGGGAAAUGCAGGGUUAUAGGGAUGGGGUGGUUGUAAGUGGACGGGCGGUGUAGUCUGGUUGGGCCGAACGGCCUGCUUCCACACGGUGGGGACAGCACACCCGACCACUGUGACAUCCCGAUGUGGCGAAAGGCGUUAUCUAAAUGUAAGUCUGCACUUUGCGCGUUAAACAUACCCAGAUAGCCACUGGAAGAUUGAAUUCUGCCAAUUCCGGCGUCUCUCAAGAUGAAUUUUACUUCGGUCCCCAUCCAAAGACAAGGAAAGAUAAACUUCAAAAAGAAACUGCACGCUACCCUGUUCUGCCUUGAGUCCUCCGGGUUACUACUUUUUGUUUCGCUCGAACUCACAAAUUUUUAAAACCAUUGAAAAAAAAAUUCUCAAUGACCAAAGCGUUGGAUUCGGUCCAACAAGCUGCCUGGCUGCCCCAAACGACAAGGAAAAAAUUACAGCCCGUCAGGAAAAGCCGCAACUGAACGACGGCCGUCUCACGAUAUAAAUGUACACCUCCCACCAGGGCGACCCAGCCUAAACUGUGUAUAAAGGGAGGCCAGAGACAGCGGAGAGGCGUCAGUCCCACUGCUAGCUAUAAUGCCUAGCUCCCACCUCCCAUAACAGCAGCUCGCCUCUUGGAUCCUCCCCUCUCCGAGAACCGAACAGACCUGCCGCCUCAACGCUGAACAAUCUGCCAACGUUUCAGGGGUCCCAUUGUUAAUUUGCCUCUGUUGAAGGAGGAUCAGUUCAUGCCAACUCCUUUCAAAAAAAACAAAGCAAAGACCUGGAGGCAACUGUCCACCCCAACAGGGGGCGACUGAGAUCCGGGCCCCGUCUCCCAUGGUUGUGUCUACAGGAGGAUGGGCUCUUUCCGUAGACCCAGACCUCGCUUCCUGAGCUCACCGGUACUCAGUGACCUACCCCGCUUCCACGCUGCCAGGCAGGCAGCGCUGCUGGGCUCCAACCGAGCAUGGAACAGCGUCCACAAGGCAGUGAUCCGGGUCUUCCAGGGAGGAAGUUUACAAGACAAUGAACUGUUCUCUCUGAAUGAAAACAUACGGCAGCUGCUAAAGAGUGAAUUAGGUCCAUUCAUCACCGAUUAUUUCCAGAACCAUCUUCUUUCAAAAGGCUUGGUCUUGAUGGAAGAAAAGGUGCGGCUCUGUGAAGGUGAAAAUCUUCUGGAAGCUUUAACAAGUAGUUGGGAUAAUUUCUUCACUGAAAUCCUACCCAUGUUACAAGCCAUAUUUUACCCUGUGCAGGGGCAGGAGCUCACAAUCCGUCAGAUGGCCUUGCUCGGAUUCCGAGAUCUGGUCCUGCUCAAGGUAGAUCUGGAGCAGGUGCUCCACCAGCCUCAUACCAGUGUGCCUCCAUCCAUCACACAGAUGCUCCUAGUGCUUCAGGGUGCUCAUGAGCCUAAAGGCCCGAGUGAGAAAUACAACCAGCUGGAGCGAUUGGUGCAGUUACUUGUCUCCCCCUAUCUGGGCACCUAUGGACUGCUGUCCAGGGACAGGAACCCUGUCGAUACUGUACACAUACUUGAUCGAAGAUUUGUUGGACCUAGGUCGAAAUUGGUCGAUUUUAUGAGCGACAAGUGUGAAAUGAAUGCGUCCAAUGAAACAAUGCUAACGCCCUUAAUAGAGCAGGAAGGCGAGGCCUACUUGGAGAAGUGUGGGAGCGUCCGACGUCACACAGUGGCUAAUGCACCCUCUGAGCUUCAGCUUUUGGCAAUGACCUCCAUGUUGCAUCCUGGAAUGGUGGAAGAACCGGACGCUGAAGAGGAAUGUAUUCUGAUGCCAGCUGGUCACAGACAGUAUUCCAGUGAGCCAAACAUCCCAGAACCUCAGGCUGAGGUGACGGGAGUCUCACUGCAAGAGUCUUCAGACAUUAAGUGUACAGCACUUGGCUAGACCAGACAACCACUGCUUUGUUUAUCAGCACAUUGUCAGUAUUCACAGAAGGGAGAAAUCCCACCGACUGACUCGAGUCCCAUCACAGAGGGUCAAGAGAUGAAAUGACCCAGAGCCGGUAAUGCGUGUUGGACUGCACUUCUGACCCAGGUCCUUUCUGUUAUCAUCUGAACAUACCUCAGAAAUCGCAGCACAGAAAGGAUGUUAACAUAUGGGGACUGGUUACAGAUAUCCCAGUAAAAUUAAAGUUUAAAAGAUAAGAGCAGCAGUAAGUUUGCACUAAAAAUAUCUAAUGGUUGAGACAAGUUCUGAACAUUGAUGCCUGAGAUUGCACUAUACCUGCCUCAUUGUUUAAAUACUGCCUAUCGAUCUUGUCUCUCCCUGCAAUCCAGUGGUUUUAAGUCACACUGUAAGUCUGAAAUGUCAUGCUUCUUUUCACCCUCAAAUCUGCCUCUUGCAGAUAGCUUGACAGAAGUGAUUUUCAUGUUUUCAUAAUCAGUGUGAACUCCAUAUCCUUGGGGGAAGGCUUCCUUUCUGCACUGUUUUAUUCUCAGUCUUUUUGAUGAGAUUUUGAUUAUUCGUUUACAUGUAGUACCCUGAGGAAAUUAGGAGCUGUGCCAACCAUUCCAGAGUGUCACAAACACUUUUGCAAUACACAUUAGUAACGAAGGGACCAGGUUAAAUAUGGAACUUGGAGAGUACUGGCAAUACUGGAAUAAUUCCUAAACUGCAAACUCUUUAAAAUUGGCCCACUUCACCUCACGGCCAUCAUUGGUUGCAAUUAACUUCAAACACAUUGAUCGACUGCUCUGCUACUUCCCCCACAGAUGCUUUCUUCAUGUGUAAUUUCACGUUUCCUUUUAUGUUUUUUUUAACAAAUAAACUGUGGGGUUUUUGUGUG